AUGUCAUCCAAUUACCGCCGUCUGUCACAAUCGUACGCAUCGACCAGAGUAUCCUUGCGAUGGUUGCCUGAACCGCCAUUUGAAAACACUGAAACACUCGUUCUAACCGUGGGAGAGUGGUACGUCGACUUGAGAGUUGACAAAGGAUCCGGUGCUCUUGACUGGGCAAUCGCUGGCGAAUGCACUGUGAAGGAUGUCAACCCUCGGCGCAUUGUCUUCACACACACAAUUGACUCGCAUGGCAACUUCAAUGUGAGCGACCCAUGUCCCUUCAUACCCCUUCCCAACGGAUAUGACUUGGAGACUGGCGCGAUGCCCCGCCCUGAUUUAUCGGGGAAUCCAGUUACCGAGUACGAGGAAUUAUGGAGAUAUCUUUCGAAGGAUGAGAUUGGCAUGGACGCAGUCGAGAGUCCCACUGCGUGGAUCCUGGAAUCCGAGGACGAUUGCCCGAGCCACCAUUUGCAGCAAGGAUUCAAAACUUUCCUGGCUCGUAUAGAGGGAAGGUACUUGGCUUUACAACAGACACGGCCUCGGGCAACGGAUCAGAUGAGCGGCUCGGAGAGAAAGCGGAAGAUUGUCGGUGGUGAAGUGAGUGCCAAAUCAGAAGAGUUCGUUGAUGGUCGUUGGAGAGCGAAGUACGCUCUGGGACCCAACCAUUCUGAUCUUCCGUCAAUCACCUGUGACUUUGACGCCCUUGAUCAGCAUUCAUGGGGGUUCCCGGAGAAGAAGGUUAAUGUGAGAGGCUGUAAAUACGUAGUUCGGGCUUUCGAGGUCUCCGGGAAACUAUUUUACCCCACACAACCGGCCAAAGUGUGA